AUGGAGACAACUACAGGAGAACUACACUUAAAACGUGAAGUAGGAUUAAUUAGUGCUAUUUGUUUGAUUGUAGGGACAAUGAUUGGCUCUGGCAUCUUCAUGUCUCCAGAAUGGGUGUUACGAUACAUUGGGAGUCCUGGAGCCAGCCUCUUGAUAUGGACAGCCAGUGGGCUGGUAUGCACAAUAGCUGCUUUCGCAUACGUGGAACUUGGGACUAUCAUAAGAGAAUCUGGCGGAGAGUACAUAUACAUCUUAAGAAAUUUUGGUCGUGCCCCUGCCUUUCUGUUCUCCUGGACCUCUGUGUUUAUAGCUCGACCUGCUGGUAUUGCAGCAAUGUCUCUGAGUCUCGCACAGUACGUUGCAGCUCCAUUUUAUGAAGACUGUCCACCACCGUCAGCUGUGGUAAAAUGUACAGCAAUUGCUAGCAUUUUAAUUAUAGGUAUCAUAAAUGGUCUUAAUGUGAAACUAGCAACUUGUAUUCAAAAUAUCUUCACUUUUGCCAAACUACUGUCGCUACUUAUCAUUGUGACUGGUGGGAUAGUGUUGAUCUUCAAGGGAUACACACACAGUUUUCAGAACGCCUUUCAAGGCACAAUAGGAGAAAUUGGCCCAGUGGGAAUGGCAUUCCAACAGGGGAUGUGGUCCUAUGAUGGAUGGAAUAACUUAAACUAUGUGACCGAAGAAAUCAGGCGUCCUGAGGUGAACCUGCCUCGAGCUUUAUUGAUUUCAAUUCCACUGGUGACAUUGUUGUAUGUGAUGGUAAAUGUCAGCUACUUGGCAGCCAUGAGUCCAAAUGAGAUGAUGAAAUCUGGUGCUGUGGCUGUAACAUGGGGAAACAAAGUGCUGGGCAGCUGGGCAUGGAUUAUUCCGUUGUCAGUUAUACUUUCCACAUUUGGGUCUGUAAAUGGUAGUUUCUUCACUGGAGGUCGCAGUUGCUACGUAGCAGCCAGAGAAGGUUCAUUGCCAGAUAUUCUGUCCAUGGCUCAUGUUCAUCGUCUGACACCAUUGCCUGCCCUUGCGUUUAUAGCUUUCAUUGCGGUGAUAAUGGUAAUCCCAGGGGAUUUUGCAUCAAUUGUAAAUUAUUUCAGUUUUAUAGCUUGGAUUUUUUAUAGUCUAACGUUUGCUGCGUUGCUGAAACUGAAAAUUAAGAAGCCACAUCUUCACCGGUCCUUCAAAGUGCCGAUGCUUGUCCAAGUGUUCCUGCUAAUUAUUUCAGUCUCCUUGGUCCUGACGCCGGUCAUUGGCAAUCCUCGGAUUGAAUACUUGUUUAUUUUUUUGUUCAUGCUGAGCGGUCUCCUGAUUUAUUUACCGUUGAUUCACUUCAAAUUGUGGACAAUCUCCAUGGACCGGGUCACCGUGUUUCUGCAGUUGCUCCUAGAUAUUGCGCCAGCACAGGCGAACCUAGAUUAA